AGUUGCAGAAACUGGGUCUGGUAUCCUGUUCCUAGUGGUGGUGUUCACUGAUUCUUAGGGGAGGAGGAGUCCCUCAAUUCAGAGAGAGCACACAUUUUAGGUCUCAGAUUUUGUAAGCCAACGUGUCCCUUAUUCCUCCACUCUCCCUAGACACUACUUUAACUCUUUUCUCCCCCUUUCUUGAGGUGUAAUUUGAAUAUACUACAAUUCACCCAUUUGGAGGCUACGGCGCGAUAAACGCCAACUACAUGUCUUACACCCACCAUUCAUUCCUAUGAAGAUGUGGGAUUGUUCCAUCACCCCCAAAAGUUCCCAUCCGCUCCUUUGUUCCAUCCCAGGCAACUGCUUUCCGUCACCACAGUUUUGCCUCUUCUAGAAUGUCACAUACAGAAUUAUACAGACUGAGGCCAUUCGUGUUUACCUUUUCCCCCCCCCAACUGCACAAGGUUUUUCAGCUCCAUCCAUGUUGCUGCAUGUAUUAACGGUACGUCCCUCUUGCCUCUGUUUUGGAGAACUUCCCAUGUGUGCCAAGGGUCGGGUACGUUUACCUGCAGUAUCUCACCUGGAAUGCUCACAACCAUCCUGCUUCACCGUGGAGGGGCCCAAGGCUCAGGGAGCCCAGCCGUGGAGUCUGGGGAGGGGCCCCAGGCCGACUCCCGCCAGGCGAUCAGCCCGGCGGCUCCGCACACCACGCUCCGGAGCCCGACCUGCGGCACCUGCCGUCCAGCUCCAGGGGGCGGAUGGGGCCUGGCCUCGCACAGGCUGGGGCCGGACAGCUCGGGACUGAGGCCGCGCGGAGGCUCCCCGAGGUCGGAGCCCCCGGCCCAGCCGCCGGCCUCGGGGGAGCAGCCGGCCGCCGCUGAGCGGCCCGCCGCGGCCACUUCCACGAGCGGAGGCGGGACCGCCGCGGAGUUCCGGGGGCGCGGAGGGGCGGCCGCAGCUACCGCCACGACCGCGUCUCCGCGCGGGCCGCCGAUCGGGCCGCGUGCCUGGGCGCUUCACCCCGCGCCGCCCCGGCGUUUCCCUCCGCGCGCGGACGGCGCUACUUCCCGCCUCGGCCACCGGGCGCGGGAGCCGGGUCGUCGGCGUGGGCGCGGCGCCAAGCGACGCCGCCGCGCUGCCCCCUCCGCCCGAGGGGCGACGGCGAAGCGCGCGGGCCUCCGCUUCCAGAGGUGGCCGCCGCGGCCCAGCCCCCAGAAGGGAACGGAUGAGGUCGGCGGGCCGCGGUCGUUUCCCCCUCCGCGGCCGCGUCGCUACGAUGCUAUCUGGAGACUUCAUCUUAGGGACGCAGUGGAAACAAAGAUGAUGGUGUUUUGCCCUGUGGCGUGGAGCGGCCCGCCCGCCGCUAUUGUCUGGCUGCCUGACGGGCGCAGCAGCUCUAUUUUUCUUACUCCGAACGUGGUUAUUCGGGGGCAGCAGAGGGACUUACAAGGAGGCUUUGUCUGCAGUAAAAGAGCUGUUGCGAAACGGCCUCUCCUGAAUGGCCGCCCGGCCGCCCUCAGCGGGGACCGCGCAGGGGACCGCUGGCGAUUUUUUUCCCCCCAUAUCAAUUAAAGAAAGGAAAAAAAAAUCUGCAUUUUCCUCCCCACCUUUUUCAUUCGAAUUGGAGCCUGAGUGUCGGCCGCAGGAAAGAGCUGCCAGCCGCCUUAACUUCCUUGAUCUCCUUUAAUAUUUUAUUUUUUAGCUAUUCUAAUUGUUUUGGUUUUUUUUUUUUUUUAAUGUAAUCGAGUGCUUUUUGAAUCCCUAAACGGCCUCUGCUGUCUCAGAAAUAAUUGAAUUGGAAAGCUGUGGAGGUGGGCGAUGCUCACACGGACGGACGGAUGGUUUGUUUUGUUGAACCCACCGUGGUGCCUCCGACCAGAAACAGACCCGGGUGGGAGAAGGCGAGAGGCGACUAGACCCAAGAAAGGGGCUUCCGGUCCGCCACCUGCAAGGACAAAAGAGGGAAGGAAGUAAGAGUAUUUUUUGAUAGCACCAGAAAUUUACAACUUCUGCUUAUCGCCCAUACCCCUCCUUUUCUUUCUCUUCACAGCAUUUAUAACCACCUGAUAAUGUGUAUUUCACAUAUUUCUUGGGUUCUCUCCCCACCUGAUACAAACCUAGGAGAGCUGGGGGUUGCUGUGUCCUGUUCUUCCCUGGAGCCUAGUACGGUACCUGGCAAGGUACUGGAGGCUUUGUAAACAUUUACUGACGUCGGUGAUUAAGAAGCAGACGUGACACAUUUUUUUUUAAAGACACCGGGAAGAGGAACACGAAACCAAAAGCCGCCCGACACGCAAGGAGCAUCCGUGUCUUCAAACCCGCUCUUUCCGUUGUGGAAGGGACAAUUGGUAAGGACAGCCCAGAGAGAGUCGUACCGCCGUUCCAUUUUCCAAAGAAGAACAAGACAAUAAAUGAGCUCGCGCUUCCCGGGCGCUCUCCCUCCAUUCUGGGGAUUGGUUGCGCGAGUGAGGGGAGCCUCCCGAAAAUCUGUGGGGAACAUGGAAGUCCUUUUCUUUCCCUGUGUGACCCUCGGCACAUGCUCACCUGUCUGCUGAGCACGACACGGGGCUUUGGGACAUUCAGAACACGAGAUGCGUGCCAACGCCCCGUAAAUAUUUUUCUGUUCCGGAGUGUCUAGGUCAUGUACAGUACACAUGUGGGGAAUGUGUUUCACAUGAAAAUUAAAUCCCUUUUUUUGUACCUGAACAUCCUUUCAAAAAGUGCCCCCCCCCAGGCUGUUGAUUCAUAACUGAUGGAUUCUUUUUUUUUUUUUUUCAAAAAAAUUUUUUUUCUUCAACGUUUUAUUUAUUUUUGGGACAGAGAGAGACAGAGCAUGAACGGGGGAGGGGCAGAG